AUGUCUCGUGCCGACGAAGGGCGUUUGAUUCAUCUGGCAAAAAAACGUGAACGCGAAAAGGAGGAUAUUGAGAAGCAGUUGCGAAAGUUGGAAGAGGACAAGGCCAAGUGUAGGUUUUCUCGAGCAGAAUUUUUAAAAAUCUCAAAAACAACUUGGAACCUUGCUAGGUAAAGUGGGCAUUACCAACAAGUUUACUGCGAACUAUGAGACCGUUGAGGAGACGCUCAAAGCAAAAACCUAUGGCUUGGUGUCGCUGGACGACAUGAAGAAUUUGCAAAAAGACGCAAUUUCCAACAGGUUUCGCUUCACAUGUUUGAAAAUUUAUCGGAGAAUUUACAAAAUAAUUUCAGAGAUUUGCAAGUGGCUCGCGGAGACACUGGGAACACCGAAAAGUCGAAAGAUUCGCAAGAAGCGCGACAGAAGGAGGAGCACGUUCAAAAACAUACCCAGGUGUGGAUUUGGCGGUUUGUAGGCGGCUUGUAGGCGAUUUGUGCAGAAUUUGCGAUGGACAGAAUGGCAGAAAUGGUUCUUUUAUAUGCGAUUCCUAGGCUCUAGAACAUUCUAGAACCCAAAGAGGCAAGAGAUGACCUUUCGGAGAGACGCAGAGAAAAAGCGUGCACCUCGUGGAACAUUCGAGAACGUUUUGCAAAAAUGAGGAAAUUUCUCGCAAAGCAAAGCAAAUUUUGUGGAAAAAGAAAGAAAGAAACAACUGGAGAAAGGAAGGAUAAGAAUAUUUUCAGAAGCGCGUGCUAUCUUUUGCAUUCGAUGAGGAAGAUGAGGAAGACGGCGCGCCGGUCAUUCAGAAAAAGGUUUUCCGCAAAAAGGGAAGAAAAAAGAAAACAUCUUCAAAGUUUACAGAGAGUUGGAAUGGACCCAACUGUCGACACGAGUUUUCUUCCGGACAAAGACCGAGAGGAGAUGAUUCGACGGUAAGUUCUAGAAGAAUGGGAUUAUUUUGCCGCCAGUGCUCAUUUUUGGCGGUUUGGAGGGCAGAACACAGAUCAAAAACUAUUUUCUAGAAAGAAAGAAGAGCUAGCUGCAGAAUGGCGUGAGAAGCAGGAGACGGAGAAGAAUGAGGAGAUCACUGUGGCGUGCGCCUAUUGGGACGGAUCGUCGCAUCGAAAAAACAUAAAAGUGAAGAAGGGGAACACUAUUUCACAGUGUCUCAGCAGAGCAAUUGAGGUAAGCAUAUAAAAAUGAGCAUUUAUUCAAGAAGAUAUUCAAAAAAGCGCUUUUAGCGGAAAAAUUUUAUAAAACAAUUGUUUCUUUAAAAUUUCGAUAAGUUAUUAGAAUAGUAGAGUUCAUUGUCAACUUGGCUGUUGUUCACAAACUGUUUAGCAAUUGUCUCCUUUCCUUCGAAAGCGUGAAAUCCCAUUCGAAACGGGUCAGAGUAGUUCCACGCCAGUUUCUCGCACCGUUUGCCUUCGAAGCCCAGCGGACAUUCGCAGAUAAGUUUGCUGACAAGUCCUUCGAAUGUGGUGACACACUUUCCUCCAUUCUGACAUCUGCAGCUCAUGAACGAAUUCGUGAUGGAGUUUGUGCAGUUUCUUCCAAAAAAUCCUUCCGGACAUCCGAAGCUUCCGAAUUGAUUGCAACGGAGUUUGUGAACUUGCGCCAGCUCCACGAGGCAAUACUUGUCGCAUUGGGGACCGUACCAGUUCCUGCAAUCCUUCUGAUUUUCUAUAAAACAUGACAAAAGUACUAACCUAUCACAUUUGAUAACGAGCCUGAAUCCAGUGAACGGCAGAUGAAUCAUUUUUGAGCUGACAUCCGUCUGUUGCGUGCUCCAUCUCGUCGCUUCAAAAAUGGCGUGCUCGAUUCCGAAGUUCUCCACUGGCCCACUAUUGAUUAGAAUCGUGCCAGGUCGGCCAAAUUUGGCUGGGAUGUUCGUUAGCGUCCGUUCGGUGUUUGGUUUCAAAGAAUAGUUGAACGUUUUCUUGUUGACGGGAAAAUAGACUUCUUCGGCCACUUCGACGGUUACAUUUAGGGCAAAAGCACUCUUUAGAUGGAUUUCUAGGUAUCCAGUUGAUUGGAUUGGAAAAGGGAAGGAAAAGAGAAGAAGAAGAUUGAGUAGAGGGAGCGACCGCAUUGUGGAAGGAAUGAGACGGAAUGAGUGAGCCGCACAGCCUGUCUUCCUUCGAGGGGACUAGAUAAUUAUCGAUCGAAUAAGAGUCCCUUCGGGAAACUAUCUUUUUUCUUUUCAGGCUUUGAAAAAAGAGUUCACCGAGCUGAAGUCGUGCACACCGGAGAAUCUGAUGUUCGUGAAGGAGGACCUGAUCAUCCCGCACUUCUACACGUUCCAAGACUUCAUCGUCACGAAAGCGAUGGGCAAAACGGGCCCUCUGUUUGUUUUCGACGCCGCCUCGGACGUCCGAAUCCGUCAGGACGCGGCUCUAGACUACGGAGAAUCGCAUCCGGCGAAGAUCGUACUGCGGACGUGGUACGAGAAGAACAAGCACAUCUAUCCGGCCUCAAGAUGGGAACCGUUCGUUCCGAGCAAGAAGUACGGACGCAAUUUCGACGACCUCAGCGAUUUAUAA